AUGCUUCCCUCAUCGCCCUCAUUUCUGUCUUCGUUUGAUCCCGCGCUUCAUCUACACUCCGAGGGCCCUGGGAACACAGAUAACCCGCAAUCCGAGUCGUUUUCGGACGAUCUUGAAGCAAUCGAUUUAAACCGUUUGGAGCAAACCCGCAACCGAGUGGUUAUUCAGCAUCGCGCGUGGGAUAUAUCCGAUGUAUUUAGAAGUGAAGACGACAUAAGACCUUACACACCGACCAAACCAUCCGUUAAGACCCCCAGGCCACGUCAAAUUACGGCCCAAAUCGCUUCCCAAUUGCCUUCUUCUCCACCAACCCCCAGAAUGCCAUUUCUCUCGUCUCAGAAUGCGAAUGCGUCCACCUCUGGUGAUGCGGCCAACGAUGCGCAGAAGAGAAAAGCCACCGAGGGCGGUUCGCAAUCGGUAGAACCAAAGCGACAGCGCAUGGUCGGAGGCUUCAUUGACGAUGAUGAUGAGGAAGAAGAUGGGCUUGCUGCACUCAGAGAUGAGGAGCUAAGUAAUCCAUACGGCCUGCCAGAAAACUACUCCCAGGAACCCUCUUCGGAGAUCCCCAACAUCAUGGCAACGCCCAAAGCGAAUACCGAAUUGAACCGCGCAGUGGACACUGCAUCGGUCACCCCAAGGCCAAUUACAGGGCUGACGUCUCGGCCGGCCCCCAGGGCCCCCAAACUGUUCCAGAUCAAGACCUGUUCCGGAAAGACCCACAACAUUUCGACAAGGAAAGCCCAAGCCCCCGUUUCCUAUGAGCAGAUGAUUGCUAGUCGAUCUCAUUCGGAACCCGGAAAAGCGAAAAAGAGUUAUUAUGGCAUUGAAAUACACAACUUGCUGGAUGAUGCAGCUAAGGAAACAAAGUCAAAGACAGUGUCGACGCCAAAGAUCCAAAAGACCAUUGAAACGAACCCCGGCAACACCAAACAGAACAAAAAAGAUUCCGCAAUGUGGACGGAAAAAUACCGUGCUCGGAAGUUCACGGAUCUGAUUGGCGAUGAGCGUACACACAGAUCAGUGCUGCGGUGGCUCAAGGGCUGGGAACCAGUUGUAUUCCCAGGCUUGGCCAAGUCUCGACCUAAGAAGCCCAACCAAGAAGAUGAAGAGGAGGCCAUUCACCGAAAAGUGCUUUUGCUGAGUGGCCCUCCCGGACUCGGAAAAACGACUUUGGCGCAUGUAUGUGCUCGGCAGGCAGGCUAUGAGGUUCUUGAAAUCAACGCCAGUGACGACCGCAGCAGGGACGUGGUGAAAGGCCGAAUCCGUGAUGCCCUGGGGACAGAAAACAUCAAAGGCAUGAAUGUGGAGAUUGGCGAGCAAAAGGUCCGUCGCGCUGGUAAACCCGUCUGUGUUGUCGUUGAUGAGGUUGAUGGCGUGACUGGUGGCUCGGGAAGCGGUGGCGAGGGUGGCUUCAUGAAGGCACUCAUUGAUCUUGUCCUGCUUGAUCAAAGGAAUUCGAAGUUGUCUGCUGAAGGCAAUACUGGAAAGAAGCGCAAGGGUGACACCUUCCGCUUCAUGCGGCCUUUGAUUCUGGUUUGCAAUGAUCUUUAUUCCAGCAGCCUCCGGCCUCUUAGAGCAUCUUCUAUCGCGGAGAUGAUCAGUGUCCGUCAAGCACCACUGGAAAAUGUUGUCCAGAGAGUGAAGUUUAUAUUUGGCCGCGAAGGCAUCCCCUGCGAUAAUGAUGGAGCUCGAAGGCUCUGUGAAGCAGCAUGGGGUAUGGUGAGCAGGAAACAGCGUAAUGCCAAAACCACGGGAUCCGCAGAAGGUGAUAUUCGAAGUGUGCUUGUUGCUGCGGAAUUCGUGGCGCACAAACUCCGAAACGAGUUAUUACCAUCGUCACUCAAGCUGACAAGAAACUGGCUGGAACAAAAGGUUCUCAACGCCUCGGGUGAAGGCAAUGCCUUCUUCAAAGAAUUAAGCCGCGGCGGUGUCCGUGAGAUCGUCAAUCGGGUUUUCACAGAGGGUGCUGGUUUCUCAGAUGCCCCGGCUGGAAUGAGCUUCCAAGACAAAUUUGACGAUUCCACCAGCCGUAUUCCUCUUGGUGUGGCAGACCUGCGCAAACGACAUGCAAUCAACCGAUUGCGUGAAAUGGUGGAUUCAAGUGGUGACCAUGACCGCUGUGUGUCAGACUGCUUUGCAUCAUACCCCAUUCAGCAGUACCAGGAUGACAACUACUUCUCAAAGCCAAAUUCCGCCCACGAUUGGCUCCAUUUCCACGACUUGAUCAGCUCAAAAGUAUACUCAUCUCAAGAAUGGGAAUUGAUUCCUUAUAUGAGCCAGGCUGUUGUUGGAUUCCAUCACCUCUUCGCCACAGCCAGUGGCAGGACCACCGAGGAUGACAAAAAUGACGAUGACGAAGAUAUGGAAGAACCUCACCCAUUUUCGGGCCCGAAGGCCGACUUUGCUGCCUUUGAAGCCCUGAAGCAGAACCGUGCAGCCCUAAAUGCCUUCCAUGCAAGCUUCUCGGCACCCAUGGCUCGCAUGUUCCGCUCUAGCGAGAGCGUGAUCACCGAUCUGGUCCCUCACUUAGUCCGCAUGCUAUCACCGGAUGUCAAGCCAGUCAUUAUCCGUGGAAACGGGGAAUCAAGGAGCACGGCAAGUGUCCGCAAAGAAUCCGAACGUGCACUUGUCCAAUCCGCUGUCCGUGUUAUGAGUGGAAUGGGCGUGACAUUUGAAAAGGUUCGCGUCGAACACGAAGGAGCUCAUGGCGGAUGGGCGUACAGAAUGGAGCCGCCCAUUGACUCACUCAUUGUCUUCUCCAAGACCAAAGGCAACAACGAAUCCGGUAGCACAGCGCCGGUCCGCUAUGCCGUGCGACAGGUUCUUGACCAAGAACACCGAAAAGGGACAACCCGAACCAAGUCCGACUCUACAAAUGUAUCCAAAGUUGGUCCCAAGGACCGUGGCAAGCCCGACGAGGAAAGCACAGCUCGAGCGAUCCGUGAAGCAGCUAUCAAGCGUGAUUUCUUCGGUCGGGUCAUCGAGCAGCCUGCCCCACAGCCCAGAGAUGCAAACAGUACAGAAGCAUGGGUGGAUGAAUCGUCCAAGGCUGGGCGCAAAGUCUGGGUUACUUUCCAUGAGGGUUUUUCAAAUGCAGUUCGGAAGCCAAUCUCCAUGGGAGAGCUGCUGUCUGGGUUGUAA